ACUGACCCCGGGCUCCCGUACUGUGUUACUUACCCUGCGCUCAGCAGCUUUAUCUGCCACAGAAAGCUUGUUCAUCCUCAAAGCUGCUGUUUCCCAUAGAGAACAGUAUAAUAGCGAAGGACUGGAGACCUGAACAGCUGCUGGCGACGACACGAGAGAGAAACAGCCCGUAAAUAUCGCAGCACUCGGGACAACAACAUCUUUAACUUACUGCGUCUGUUCGUUAAGCCACAGGGACCAGACUCAGGACCUCUGUCAACUGUCAAACUCAUAACAAACGUCUCUCAGGCUGCUGUUGUUUAGCUAAUUACACAUUUUACAGUUUAUACUCGGACGGCAGCUUCUGUUAAGCUAAUAUAACAUCGCUUUACCUCGUACGAAACACGCCUGGCUUCUCAGAGAUUCGCACUCGUGUCCGGGCACAAAGGAAACUUCAGUUUAAAUCAAUCACACAUGUUUCAGCGCUACCACACACUUCGUGCCGAGCUGUAAAAUUUAAACUCCGACAACUAAUUGUCUAACUGUCGCUAACUGACUGCAACUGACGUAAUAUUGACGUAAAGCUUCAGUUUACGGCAGUGGAGUCAGUCCGGUUAUAGCGUACAACAAAACAAAGUUUUACAUCGAGCUGGUUCCCAGUUUUCCAGGUUUGUUAGUUAACUUUGGCCGUUACUGGUGUGACUGGAACGACGUGGAGGAAUAACAGCACUGCUCUGACUUCCAGGUGUCGAUCAGCAAACACGUGUCUGCGGAGCUAUGAAGACGAAGAAGCAGCCAAACGUCCUGCUGACAGGGACUCCCGGAGUUGGGAAAACCACUCUAGGAAAGGAGCUGGCCCAGCGCACGGGGCUGACCUAUGUCAACAUAGGAGACCUGGCCCAGGAAGGACAACUGUUUGAUGGAUAUGAUGACGAGUACCAGUGCCCCAUUUUGGAUGAGGACAGGGUGGUGGAUGAGCUGGAUGAAAAGAUGAGUGACGGAGGCGUGAUCGUGGACUAUCACGGCUGCGACCUGUUCCCCGAGCGCUGGUUCGACAUCGUUUUUGUCCUGCGCACAGACAACACCCAGCUGUAUACUCGACUGGAGGCCAGGGGCUACACGGGAAAGAAGCUGCAGGACAAUGUGCAAUGUGAGAUCUUCCAGACCAUCUAUGAGGAAGCCAUGGAGGCCUACAGUAAGGAGAUUGUCCACCAACUUCCCAGCAACACUCCUGAGGACAUGGAGCACAACCUGGAGCAGAUCGUGCAUUGGACUGAACAGUGGAUGAAGGACCAUAACUAGGAGGUGACCUCGUUGGGUCAACAAGAGUCAACAAUUAAAACCUGAAUUGUAUCAUUUCUGAAUCUGCGUUUACUGUCAUAUUGAGCAACAGCUUUAAAUUUGUUUGUAUUUUGUUUCCAAUGGCCCAACUUUCUUGUAAUUGGUCUUCAGCAAUAGUUCGACUUUCAAAGUGUCUCUUUGGACAGAGCCUGCUUUCGCACUCAGUUUUUCUCCAGUCUUUGUACAGUCGUCAGAAAGCAUGUUGUUUAGCUACAUGACACUGACCUAUGAAUCAAUCAUCACCUAACUGAACGAAUGAAUCAGUGUUGUCUACAUUUAGAUGCAAUUCUAUGACAGACAAGCCAAAUAAACCAUUGUAAUUGGAUCUUUAGGCA